AUGCAGGGCCUCUCUACCUCUCUCAGCCUUGCUGCUGGCCACUUGCCACGCGGCCUUGUGCAGCUAAUUGUCUCCCUGACGGUUACUGCUGCUGCGUGGCUGCUGCUGCUGCUGUCAGCAGCAGUAGCAGUGCUGUCGCAGCAUCUGCUGCUGCUGCUGGAGUCGCUGCUGCAUGAGCAGCAAGAGAAGGUCGUUGUUGCUGCGCCAGCUGCUGCUGUGCUGCACGUGCUGCAGCAGCGGCUGCAGCAGCUGCUGCUGUUGCCCCGCUCUGCUGCUGCAGCACCCAUAGAAGGCCUAACCCCACACAGGGCGGUUCGGGCCUUCUGCGUGUCUGCUGCUGCUGCUGCUGCUGCUGCAGUGCCUUCUGGCUCUCGUUCCUCGCGCUGCUGUGGCUCACAUCUGUGCUGCAGCAGCGGCAAGCAGCAGAAGCCCACAGCAGGCCCUGUAGAGACGUGCGCAGCAGCAGCAGCAGCAGUGCUGCUGCAGCUCGACCCGAAAGCCUGGCAGCAAGUACCCUCCGACGUGAUAAGUCUCGCGCUGCUGGGCCUCCGCCAGUCUGUGUCUUCGCUGCGGCUGGCAGUUGACCGCACCAGCAGCCGCUACGUGCAGCAGCAGCAGCUGUCGCUGCCCCCGAAGAGCAGCAGCAGCAGCAGCAGCAGCAGCAGCAGCAGCAAAGGGAGCCGUUCGUCGGGGGCCCUAGUUUUCCCAGAGACCCUCGCGGACUUGAGGGGCCUAGACCUUUCGCAUUUGCUGCUGCAGCAGCAGCAAGACGAGCUGCCGAUAUUUGAGGCUCUAGCUUCGCUCGUGCUGCAGCAGCUGCGGCUGCAGAACGCUCUGCUGCGGCUGCUGCCAGUUGUGUCCUCUCCUGCUGCUCGCCAGGCCCAAAUCAUGUGCAUGGACAGCUUCAGCAAACAGCGCAGCAGCUCAGGGGUGACCACUGGUCUGUUUGGCAGCCAGUGGCACGCAGCAGCAGCAGCAGAGUCAGCAGCAAUGCAGCAGCUGCUGCUGGAGAUGGGAGACCCAGAUAGAGCAGCAGCUGCUGCUGUUGCUGCUGCAGCAACUGCAGCAGAAGCUCUCACUGGCUGGCUCUGCGUCUUAAGCGCUCUCGGCAAGGGAUUUGGGGUUGUAGGAGCGCAGGUUGCUGUGCAGCUCAGCAGGGAACUUGCUCUGUCGUGUCUGCAGCAAGAAGCAGCACAGGGAGACGUUUGCUGCUCUCUCCUUUCGCCGCUGCUGCAGGACGCGAACUUCACGAUGCGAGACUGUCUCUACCGCCUUCGGGUGUACAGGGAGCCAAUCCUCUCAGCAGCAAAAGGCUGUUCAGUGCUGGUGCAGCGGCUGCUGGAGGAGACAUUUGUGGUUUAA